AUGCAAAGCUGUUUCAAAAUUUGUAAGUGCACAGAAGAACAAAAGGUAACUUAUGCUGCUACGACCUUUGUGGACUAUGCACUGCACUGGUGGGAGACUGAGUGUGCAGUCAGAGGUGAUGAGGAGAUUGCUGCCAUGGCAUGGGAGCAAAUGAAGAAGAUGAUGAUGGAUAAGUACUGCUCGCAAACAGAGGUGAACAAGCUAGAAUUCGAAUUUCUAAGGUUGAAGCAAGGAUCGUUGUCAGUACAAGAAUAUGUCAACGAGUUUCUUGAAAAUGCAAGGUUCGCCAAGUAUCAGGUGGCCACCGAGGAGAGAAAGAUAGGCCGUUUCAAGGAUGGCUUAAAAAUCGAGAUCAAGCGGUAUGUAGACAUGACUAAACCAGCCACGUUUGUACAAGCAGUGGAGAUGGCAAAGGUGGCGGAAGAGAACAACGCUAGAGAGGGUAGUGAUAGAAGAAAGGCGAAGAGAAGAUGGGAAGGAUCGAGCAAGUUCCACAAGAAAUCCAAAUGGAUUCCGACUUCGACAAAAACCCGAAGUGAGGAACUCACUAUUCCUCCAUGUAGCAAAUGCAACAAGAGGCACAAGGGAGAGUGCAGGGCGGGGAGCCUGACGUGCUACCGGUGUGACAAACCGGGGCAUACCGCACGGGAAUGCCCGGAAGGAAGGACAUGUUAUGAAUGUGGAGCUACGGGACAUUUGUGCCCUGACUGUCCAAAACAUCGCAAUAGUACGACACCCCACGGGAAGACGGGGAAUAACGGAUUUGGAAGAAGACCGGAAGGUAGGAAGGAGCUACCUAAGGGACACGGCCGAGCUUACAACAUGACUUUGGAGGAGGCCAAGGAAACACCGGACGUCGUAUCUGGUAUGUUCCCUAUCAACAAUGUGUAUGCAUAUGUGUUAUUUGAUUCGGGUGCGAAUGGUAGUUUUGUGUCUACUGCUUUCUGCCACUAUCUGGAUAAGAGUGCCUGUAGGCUAGACAAAACCUACACUGUAGAAACAUCCAACGGUAGUCAGUGUAAGGUAGACGAAGUAUUUGAUGAAUGCACGAUCGUUAUAGAUGGGAAGGAUUUCCCUGUUAAACUUAUGCCAAUGAGCCUAGGAGGUUUUGAUGUAGUCUUGGGGAUGGAUUGGCUGUCCACCAAUCAUGCACAAAUAGUAUGCAAUAAGAAGAUGGUCAAGAUUUAA